GAAAAGUAAUAGGAAAAAAUGGAAAACUGAUUCAGGAGAUAGUGGACAAAUCAGGUGUUGUGAGAGUGAGAAUUGAAGCUGAAAAUGAUAAAAAUAUUCCACAAGAAGAGGUGUUAGUUGUGUCAUCAACUGUAACAGGGGAAACACAGAAACCUGAGAUCAAAUCUUGGCAGGGAAUGGUACCAUUUGUAUUUGUGGGAACCAAGGACAGCAUCACUAAUGCAACUGUGCUUUUAGAUUAUCACCUAAAUUAUUUAAAGGAGGUAGACCAACUACGUUUGGAAAGAUUGCAAAUCGAUGAACAGCUCCGGCAGAUUGGAGCUACUUCUAGACCACCACCAAAUCGUACUGACAAAGAAAAAGGAUAUAUGACUGAUGAUGGUCCAGGACUUGGGCGAGGUAGUCGGCCCUACAGAAACAGAGGGCACAGCAGACGUGGUCCAGGCUAUGCUUCAGGAACUAAUUCUGAAGCAUCAAAUGCUUCUGAAACAGAAUCUGAUCACAGGGAUGAGCUUAGUGAUUGGUCAUUAGCCCCAGCAGAAGAAGAACGAGACAACUACCUUCGCAGAGGAGAUGGACGAAGACGUGGAGGUGGUGCACGAGGCCAAGGUGGGCGGGGCCGUGGAGGUUUCAAAGGAAAUGAUGAACAGUCACGAACAGAUAACCGUCAACGUAAUUCAAGAGAUUCUAAAGGGAGAUCAGCAGAUGGAUCACUUCAGAUCAGAAUUGACUGCAAUAAUGAAAGGAGCGUCCACGCUAAAACAUUACAGAAUACCUCCAAUGAAGGUAGUCGACUGCGCACGGGUAAAGAUCGUAAUCAGAAGAAAGAGAAAUCAGACAGUGUGGAUGGUCAGCAACCAUUGGUGAAUGGAGUACCCUAAACUGCAUAAUUCUAAAGUCAUAUUUCCUAUACUGUUUCAGUGAUUCUUAUUCCACGUUAGAGAAACUUGUUAGGCCAAAGACAAAUAGUAGGCAAAAUGGCGCAGGGCAUGAAAUGAACAUAAACGUUCUGUUAGCCUUUUUUAACAUCAGCAGUAUGCAGUUGUUUUCAGAAUAAGAAGUUAUACAAAUAUUUGCAUAAAAAUAUCUGAACUUCUGAAAAAUGCUUUCAAGUACAUCUUGCACUUCAAACAAUGAAAGAUUCUUUUUGUUUGUUUUAAAAAUACUGAGCUGUGCAUUGGUAUACUUUUUGUUCAGUUGUACCAUUUUAAUGCAUUGGGUCAAAAAUCACUGCUCAAUUUCAAUUUUCAGAAUAAAUAGUGUUUGCAGUAAUAAAUUGGGCUUCUGUUUUCAAUCUGACUUACAAGUUCUUCAUGAAAUGCUAUGUCGUUUUAUGUCCUGUGUCAGUUCACGUUUUGGUCCACUUUUUCAGUAUUUUAGUGGACUCUGAAAUAUGUGUGAUGUAACAAUUGUCAUUUUCAUUAGCAAAAAAAGUUGUAUGAUCUGUGCCUUUUUUAUAUCUUGGCAGGUAGGAAUAUUAUAUUUGGAUGCAGAAAUCAGGGAAGAUGAGUUGGAAACACUAAAUGUAAAAUAUAUGUAGCAAACCUUGUCAGACAUUAGUACUUUAUAGAAGAAUGCAUGCUUUCCAUAAUUUUUUCCUUACAUAAGCAUCAGGUUAGGCAGUUAUAAGAAUAGGAAAUUUCUUUUGCACUGAAGAUUUGGCAAAUAGUGUUAUUGAGACAGGGGUGUAAAUUUUUUUUGUAGACAGUACAAGAAGUUUACAAAAAAAAUCUUUCCAUUUCUGGGAAACUAAAAAUUCAUUGUUACUGAGGGAACAAAUGUAACUUGUUCACAAGCUAGUAAUGUGUGUCUGCUUUUUGGCCAGAUGACCAAUUUAAAAAUAACCUUUUUUCAUCCUCCCAAAAGUUUUUUGAAAUGGUUUAAAAUUUUAAUUUGGAGCUUAUCUCAAGAGAGAUAAGAAGAACAUUCCCACGUGUGAUAACCUGUUAAGUGCAGGGAGUAGUUUAGCUAACUAACAUUGGAGGCAGGACAAAUUCAUAAUUUUUUGAGAUACAAGGUCUGAUUCGCAAGCAGGUUUGGAAGGAGUUGGGGAACUUGGUGCAAAGUACAUAAAGGGGGAAUUAAACGUACUUUUUUCUUUAUUUCUGAUCAUGAAUUAAAUUUACUGGGUAAAACUGUGUGAGGACUUUCAUUUUAAUCUAUUCUAUUUUUAGUAAAAUUACUCCAGUAGGAGUGCCACUGAUUAUGUACAGAACUGUACAAACAUGAUCUUGCCUCUGAUGUAUUUUGUGAGUUUUGUUUCUUUGCUUUUUUCAUUCCACUGUUUUUCCUUGCAUACAAGUACGCAUAUAAAAAUGGCAACAAACUGCACAUGAUUUAACACAUAUAAAAAUGUCUUAAAAAGUAUUGCCAAACAUUAAUGUUGAUUUCUAGUUAUUUAUUUUGGGAAUGUAUAGUAUUUGAAAACAGAAAUUGGUACCUUGCACACAUCAUCUGUAAACUGUUUUGGUUUAAAAUACUGUAGAUAAUUAACCAAGGUAGACUGACCUUGUAAUGUAACUGCUCUUGGGCAAUAUUCUCUGUACAUAUUAGCUACAACAGAUUGGAUUUUAUGUUGACAUUUGUUUGGUUAUAGUGCAAUAUAUUUUGUAUGCAAGCAGUUUCAAUAAAGUUUGAUCUUCCUCUGCUAACUGAUGUUGAUGCAAUCCUUAUGAAUGAUUGCUUUUAAAAACAGUCAACUUAUAAUAAGUAGAGAGAGCCUAUAUUUCUCUGUUAAAGUUUAACUGUAGCCAUUGUUCCAUAUGUUGUAGAAAGCUUCUAAAACGUUACCAGUUUUCGAAAAUUGGCAGAUAAUGCUAAAAAUACGGAACCUCUUUGGUGAAAUGGUACAAUACAUGUUGAGCUAUUAUAAUAUGCACUAGAUUUUUUUACACUCAAAGGCUGAGUUCAAUAAGGUGCUAACUAGGUUAUAUGCGAAUUGCUAAUUAAUAAAACUUCAAUUUGAUGGGCUAAUCACAUUCCAGUUUCAAAUGCAUUUUGGGGUAAUGGCAUAUUUUACAGUAUUUCUGUGUGCUAAAGUUAAACAUGUAUCCCUUUGCAUUCAAAUUUCAAUGUUUUUAAGUGUUAGUAAAUUUCAAAAACAUAAAUUGUAAAUCUAAAUGUAAAUUUUAUUUUGAAAAAUCAUGCAUUGUUACAAAGCUUGAAAGUGCAACAUGUCUGAUGGUUGGGUUCAGAUCCUACUGGUAACUUAUAAAGUAUGGUCUAAUGAAUUAAAAUUAUUUUAAAAAAUAAAGUUUUUUUUUAAACAGUGAAA